AAAAACAAGAAGUGAUAAAAAAGAUACAAUCUGUAAAUGUUGUGGUCAUGAAUGUUCAACAUUCCAAAAACUUCGUGGGCAUCUUAAGCGAAAAAAUCUGUGUAAACCAUUACAAGAUAAAAAGGAUAUAGUUCCUAUUCAAGUGUUCAUUCAAGAGGUUAACCAAGAUAAUUAUCAAGAAAAAGUGCAAGUUCAAACUCCCGUAGUCUAUGCUCAAAAAAGAGAUCGUCAAAGAGAAAAAUUACAAGUGGUUAACCAAACACCAGUAUAUAAGCCAGAACUGCAAAGGGAAGCCCCAACUACACAUGAUAGAGAUUAUAACACAGUAAGAAAUGAGUAUAUUGAUAGGCAUGCAAGAAAGUCUGGAGAAUAUUUGAGAACCUGGAUGCAAGAUUACGUCAAAGAUGGAAUGAAAGAAAAAGCAAAUAAUGAAGAAUUUAGGCAUUUGAGAAAAAUUCCUGAAGAAGAACAAGAAAGAAAUCUAGAAUUUAGAGAGCAAGAAGAAUUAAGCACGGCACUUAAAAGAAGAGCUAUAGCUAUACAUCAUGCAAAAGUUCCCAAAUCCUAUUCAGAUAAUGGUAGUAAUAUACGAAAAAUGUUAGAGAGUAGAAGGAAGCAGUUUAGAGAAAUACUUGAAAAGAAAUUUGAUAAGCGUGGACAAUUUAAAUUCGCUCUAUUUUAUAAUAGAGAUGAAAUAGAUGAUUACUUAAGCAAUACUUUCGAACAAAUUUUAUACCAAGUAGAGGAGAGAGGAG